UAAUAAUAAUUAUACAAUAUAACCCACUUCCUUAUAUGAUUAGUGGGUCUUAAUUUGUAAGUUUGUUAGGUACAAUUUGCAGCUAAUUACAAUGUAGUGUAUUGUGAGCUACUGCUAUACUCUAAUUACAACGGCCAGCUAUUCUUACAAGUAUUAGUAUUUAAUUCCUAAAAUCUUAACUAACUCUAUUGCCUGCAGCGUCACAAAUGUGUCAGAAAUAUGUAUAUAAACCAAUUUUAUUGCCUUGCCCAUCGAGCUAAUCCCGAUGGGCGUGCCCCUGACACUGGGCAGGCCAGGAUGUUAUUCGCUGCAGGUUCCUAAUACUAAUUUCCUGAUCUAAUUUCUACUAACUAAAUCUAACCUAAGUCAUUUCCGGUGCACCGUCCAGUCCGUGAUGUUAUUCCCCACUCCUCCUAGUUCCGCACGUGGCGGAUUCCAGACUAUUAAGGCCGGCCUAUCCACGCGCAGGCGGUAGAGGAGCAGGAUGCGUGUUUGGUAUCAGAAUUUCUCUAGUUUUAUUUUAAUUUAUGUUAAUUUAUUUCCCUCAGGUAUUCCUUUAGCACUUUUCGUGAUACCUCGUCUGCUAGUUUAUUUAGAGUUUGAAAAGAGUCUUGUUGUCUUAUGAGGUGGUAUGUGUCAUGGUCAGGUAGUUGGUCACAUAGUGUGGAAGCAACAUCAUUGAAGAGGGGGCACUCGUAAAUCACAUGAUCGGGAGUGCCCUCCGGUUCACCACAUUCACACGCGGAUGUCGCCCUUUUCCCGAACCGACAUAAGUAUGUCGGCUAAGGCCCAUGUCCAGUGAGAAAAUGGGUUAGUCCUCUGGUGGGUUCAAAGUAUUCCAUUUUUAAUCGUUCCCUAAUGUUUGGAAUAAGUUCAUAUGUCCUACACCCUGUUUCAUCCGUCUCCCAUAGUUCUUGCCACAGUUGUUCACCCCUUUGCCGAAUCUCACCCCUGUCCCUAACCCCAGUGCCUAAAAUCUCUUCUAUCUUCGUUACAUUUCCUUUCUUAGCCCAAAACCAUGCGGCCUGCUCCCUAAUUUUGAUGUACAAGGGGCAGAGCCCCAUUAUGAACAAUAGUCUCCCCCUGGUGAUGUUCUAUAAGCCCCCACGGAUCUGAGUAUCCUGUUCCUUUGAACCUAUCUCACAGUUUAGUAAACUGUAGCUUUGAAAGCCCGUCUCCUGUAUGCGCAAUUUAAGUGUUUCAUAAAACUAUGAAGAAAGUUCGAGUAUUAGCACUGUUAAAAUGUGUAUAUCAUCGUAUCCAGUAUAAAUGAGAUUAAGAUGGCGGCGAGUAUAGACGUUAUAGUAAACUGCUCCGCGAAAUUUAGUAGUAUUAUUGAUAUAAAUUGCGUAUUGUGCAAUGAAGAGGUUAUAGAAGGUAUCAGAUUGUGUCCAGUGAUUAAUAAGUGGCUUCACUCAUCGUGUUUGUGUAAAAUAAAUACGACAGAUCACUCAUGUUGUUGUGGCCAGGCGCAGUGUGAUCCACAAGUAACUGCUCUCACGAAAUUUUUAAAUGGUCACAAUGAAUCCGUUGAAGAUUGUUUGAAACAGGAUUUACAGAAUGCAAGAAAAUACGUCCUCGACAUUGAAAAAGUGGUAAGUUCUUUUGAAAAAAGAAGAAACUCGGAAGAAAGUGUUAUUUGUAAUCGUUUCCCUAAUCCUAUAGAAACGAUCCAUUCAAAUCAUCAUGAACCUAUGUUAACAUUAUUCUCGGCAAAUACUAACAAGUGCAGCAAGCUGUUAUUAUACAGGCCUACUGAACAAUUAAAUGCUGCGAGUGUGAUGUUUAAGUCUGCCAAUGAUGAAAACAGCAACCUCAAAAAAGUGAGUUUAACUUGUAAAUCUACAGGGAAGAAACUUAAUGUCAAUCCAGUGUCAAAUAAAAGUGAAAUAUGUAUAUUAUGAGAUAGCCAUGCCAAAGGAGUAGCCAGUAUAAUGAUAGCUAUGCAAUCUCGCUACAAAAUUACUAGUGUUGUGAAAUCAGGUGCACCUCUUGGCGAGAUUGUGAAAAACUGUGAAAAGCUAACAAAAAAUUCCUCUGUCUGUGUCAUAAUAGGUGGUGCAAACGAUGUUUAUCGUAAUGAAAGCCAUCAUGCAACAAGAGCACUCAAAGAAACUUUGGAAAAACUCUCACAUAUAAAAGUUUUCGUGCUUAGUGUUCCACAUAGGCAUGACUUAAUAAGUAGCUCGUGUGUUAACCUAGAAAUUAACAAAGUCAACAGGAAAAUAAGAAAACUCUGCUGCAGUUUCCCACAGGCUACCUUUAUUGACGCAAACAGCAUGGAGAGAGCUCACUUUACAAAGCAUGGUAUGCACAGGAACACACAGGGAAAGGAAGCUAUGUGCAAACAAUUGUUAAAUACUAUUAACUGCAACACAGUGGAAGGUCGUGCUGUAAUCCCUCUGCCAGUAUGCUUAAUAACAAAAACGAAGAAAAUGAAUGGAUCAGAAGUUUCAGUACCUAGAUGCACAGAUGAUUCUGUUUCUUCACCAAACAUAGAUAACUCAAUGGUUACAUGUACUGCAGACGAAGAAAAGGCAGCAUUUCCACUCUGUGAACCUACAGCAACACAACUUGUGCACCUGCCUACAUGCAGUUCGUCAAAAAUAUCACUGCCAGCAGAAACACCAGCUGCAACAGCAGUACAACCCCUGGAGCCUACAGCAACAGCAAUCUUAUCCCUACCUGCAAGCAAGUCAAUAGCUCCAUCAUCUUCAAGGGAAUUGACAGCAUCAGCUCAAGGUAAAUCAACAAGCAAGUCAACAGUUUCAUCAUCUUCAGUAAAGAAGGAAGCAUCUACUGAAGAAAAAUCGACAUCAUCACAGAGAACAGGAGGUAAACGUAAAGUUGUGUGUCCUCCUCAUCUGAAGGAUUUUUUAACCACAGGCACGAGAAAGAAGAAACCACCAAAAUAGAUUGUUUGUUGAAGAUUCAAAAUGGUGCAAGAACAAGAAAAGCCUAAGGUUAAGGGUACCUUUGAUGCAGAUACAAUGAAGGAAGGUGUUACACUUGUUCUACAGUGAGAUUCUAUCAGGAGUACUGCUAAAAAGAUGAAUCUAAAGUUUCAGACACUUGCUAGAUAUAUAAAGAAAUUAAGAACUAAUCCUGGCAAUGCUAUCGAAAUGAAAUUCGCUGUGAUGUUCGCAUAGUUUUGUCAGAAGAACAAAAAGAGGACUGUUUAAUUUUUUAUAGCUAAUGCA